AUGAAGUACAACGCCACCCUCCUAGCCCUGGCCGUCGCCACCGUCGCCUCCGUCGCCUCCGCCCGCGACCUCUCCUACCAGAGCUUCGCCGCCAACAUGAAGCGCGAAGUGUCCCAAGGACACUCGCACGAGGCCAUCCUGCCCGCCACCAACGCCGCCGUGAACCUUCUUACCCCCGCUGUUACUGAGGAGGAGAUUCUGGCUGCACGUGCUGUUGUUGAAGAUGACACUUGCGAGGACGAUGGUACUGGUGAUGAUACCGGUGACGACGACACCUGCGAGGACGAUGGUACUGGUGACGACACCGGUGAUGACGACACCUGCGACGACGAUGGUACUGGUGAUGACAACGGUGAUGACGACACCUGCGAGGACGAUGGUACCGGCGACGAUAACAACACUGGUGCUGGCAACAACACUGGUGCUGGCAACAACGCUGGUGCUGGCAACAACGCUGGUGGUAACAACAACGCUGGUGGUAACAACAGCACUAGCGGCGCCGUCAACGUCCAAUCCUUCACCGGCACCCUCGGCGGCGCCGCGCCCGCCGUGCUCUUCACCGCCGGCGCCGCCCGUCCCUUCUCCGUCAACGGCAACACCUUCCCGCAAGCCUCCGUCGCGCUCGCCCGCUCGUGCGACAUCCAGAACAACGCCUGCUUCAACGCCGCCAACUCCGGUAAACUCAGCGGCGGCACCGCCCAGUGCGUGCAGCAGACCAACGAUUGCAAGGCCGCCGCCGCCAAGACUACUGUCAGCACUAAGUUCCGCCGCGAAGCCAGCAAGAAGCUCGGCCGCAGGCAUGGUGGUGGAUUGGACUUUGGCAGCUGUGGCACCCCCCAGAUCCAGUUCGCCAAGGACUUGGAUGGUCGCGGCGAGGAGGAGAGCUUCCAGGCUGUUAAUGGACAGGAUUUCAACCAUGGCAGUGCUCUGAACAUUAAGGACAUCAGCGACUUUGUUUGCCAGAUGCUGCAGGAUAGUUGCAAGGCUAGUGUGGAGACGGUGGCUGCUUGCAAGCAGGCCUCCAGCGCGGCGGCGGCGGCGAAGGGACAGCAGGCUGCGUUUUUGUUUAAUGCUGCUCUUGGUGUUUAA